AUGGCUGCCCCGCGCAAGCGAACUCGUGAGGUCGACGAGGCCAGCAGGGCCGAGUGCCCCUUCACGAUCCGCCUCAUCGACCCCCAGGGCAGGGAUCCGAAGAAGAAGCGCCGCAGAAGGAACGAUGAUGACUCCGACGACAGCCGGGACUCUAAGAUACCCGUCCAGAUGUCUCCCUUCGCUCCCUCGGGCAAGUUCAAGAGCUUCGAGACCAUGGACAUCCACUACGCGGUCGAUCCCUCCAAGAGGUGGUCCGAGAUGACACGCUACAACAGCUUCGUUCUGAACGGGUCAAAAUACUUUAGUGACAACUAUAUCUUUGUCGCUAACGAGGACACCAUCGAGCGUCAGAAAUCCUUCGCCAACAAAGAGCAACUCGGCCCACGGACUAAGAGUAACGAUGACUGGGUUGCUCGGAUUCUGGAGAUUCGCGCGAGCGAUGAGCACCACGUCUACGCUCGCGUGUACUGGAUGUACUGGCCGGACGAACUGCCGCAGGGCACUGUUGAUGGAAAGAAGACUGUCGAGGGACGUCAGCCCUACCAUGGACAGAAUGAACUGAUCGCGUCCAACCACAUGGACAUCAUCAACGUUGUCUCCGUCACUCAGCAAGCGACUGUCAACCAAGUGACCGACGAAAACGACGACCAGAUUCAGAGCGCACUUUACUGGAGACAAGCCUUCGACGUCCGGACCCAGGAGCUCUCGGCCAUAGAGAAAGUCUGCAAGUGCGACCAACCCGGCAACCCUGACAAGGUCUUGGUCGGUUGCCCCAACGAGACAUGCAAGAAGUGGCUCCAUGAGGAGUGCCUCAAGCAUGACAUCCUGCUCAAGACGUACGAAGCCCUCGGGACCGACAAACCACACAAAGCGUCCGGUGUCAAGGAGGAGAAGGUGGAAGAAGAGGAAGCAAAGCGCCCUCUCAGCCCUGUCGAGCCCAGCACCGGUGCUGUUGCCGCCGAGCUCCCGAUCCAGGUCAAGACAGAUGGGGAGGGAGAGACAGUCAAGGCCGCCAACGACUCCGUGGAGUUCAAGGAGGAGUCUACCGUUGCGGCCAAGGAAGGCUCGGCGCAACCGCAAAAUGGCCGAGUGUCGACACAAACCCCGACUGCAGAGCCACCAGCACGCAAGGUCGGCCGAGGACGGAAGAAGGCGGACGCGGGCUCCGCAAAACCGUAUGAGGGUCUCUUUGAGGCGACCUUCAAGGUGGACCAGGACAUGUUCGAGAUCACAGACCUGAGGGAGGGCGUCGAGGGCGAGAAGACCUGGAUGGAGGAGGUUAAAUGCCUUGUUUGCGGCACGCGCAUUUGCUAG